AUGAGUCCCCUGUGCACGAUGAACAGGCAGAGCGCGGCGGAGCGCAUGGCGGAGCGGCGGCCGUGCACCAGCAGCAGGCGCGCCAGCCCCGCGAACUGGCGCACGCUCACAGCGCGGCGGAGCGCAUGGCGGAGCGGCGGCCGUGCACCAGCAGCAGGCGCGCCAGCCCCGCGAACUGGCGCACGCUCACGUCACACUAGCUGUGUGUGUAGUGGGGGGGGGGGGGGGAGGUACCUGCAUAGUGGACACGAUGAGUCCCCUGUGCACGAUGAACAGGCAGAGCGCGGCGGAGCGCAUGGCGGAGCGGCGGCCGUGCACCAGCAGCAGGCGCGCCAGCCCCGCGAACUGGCGCACGCUCACGUCACACUAGCUGUGUGUGUAGUGGGGGGGGGGGGGGGAGGGUACCUGCAUAGUGGACACGAUGAGUCCCCUGUGCACGAUGAACAGGCAGAGCGCGGCGGAGCGCAUGGCGGAGCGGCGGCCGUGCACCAGCAGCAGGCGCGCCAGCCCCGCGAACUGGCGCACGCUCACGUCACACUAGCUGUGUGUGUAGUGGGGGGGGGGGGGGGGAGGUACCUGCAUAGUGGACACGAUGAGUCCCCUGUGCACGAUGAACAGGCAGAGCGCGGCGGAGCGCAUGGCGGAGCGGCGGCCGUGCACCAGCAGCAGGCGCGCCAGCCCCGCGAACUGGCGCACGCUCACGUCACACUAGCUGUGUGUGUAGUGGGGGGGGGGGGGAGGUACCUGCAUAGUGGACACGAUGAGUCCCCUGUGCACGAUGAACAGGCAGAGCGCGGCGGAGCGCAUGGCGGAGCGGCGGCCGUGCACCAGCAGCAGGCGCGCCAGCCCCGCGAACUGGCGCACGCUCACGUCACACUAGCUGUGUGUGUAGUGGGGGGGGGGGGGGGAGGUACCUGCAUAGUGGACACGAUGAGUCCCCUGUGCACGAUGAACAGGCAGAGCGCGGCGGAGCGCAUGGCGGAGCGGCGGCCGUGCACCAGCAGCAGGCGCGCCAGCCCCGCGAACUGGCGCACGCUCACGUCACACUAG